AAAACGGUAAACAGUCAGUAGCAAAAACAGAAGCUUCCAGUGUCACUACUCACGUGAAAUAGAAUUUUCUGUUAAACAUUAAGCAAAAUGUACGGCAGGCUGAGCGUUUUCCUGAGUCUGUUAGUCUUCGCAUGUGCUGCUCAAAUCAACCUGCGCGAACUGGAGAAUAUUCUCGAUUUCGUUAUGGACGAAAUUGAUGCUGAAGGAGUUUUCUCCAACCGUGACCAUUUACCUACACCUCCACCAAUGCCUCAACAUAGAUCUAACUACAAAACGUCAAACCGAGCAAGCAGAGGCUUGUACUCUCGCCUUUUCCGGAGUAAAUUUGGUACACUUGACGAUUAUGGAAGCGUCUCCGAGAUUACCCUACAGGUGACUGCCCAGCACCCGAGCGAAGUCAACGUGCAGGAGGUCGCUUUUGAGGUGCCCGGUGCCGCUCUGUACUUUGUGCGUGACUUCCCUGCUCCCAUCUCUGCUUCUGCAUCUUUCAAAAUUGCAGUUCCUUCUUCAGUUGCAUACGCUGCACCUGCCCCCGUUAAAGUUAAGUACGACUUCCCUGCUCCCAUCUCUGCUCCUGCACCUGCACCAGUCAAGGUGGAAUAUGACUUCCCUGCUCGCAUUUCGGCGCCUGCCCCUGCACCAGUUGCUAUUGCAGUUCCUGCUUCUAUUGAGGUUGUUAAGAACACCAUCGUGUACGACUUCCCUGCUCCUAUCUCCGAACAGUUCAACUAACAGAAAAAUCUAAUAUUUCUUUGAAUCUUCUGCGCAAAAGCCAUCUAGCAGUAGAUCGAAGAGAAUAAUGAAACCCUUAGUAGCCGGGAUUUGUGAACGUUCUAUUAUUUUCGGCACACGAUUAUCCCUACACGUCCCACUAUUCGAAUGUAUUACAAAUACGUAACUAUUCAUCCAAUUUGAAAACUAUUCAGAUAAAUAGGGAACUGAAUACACAAAGCAUAAAUUA